AUACAAUGCCUGAAUGAACAAGAAAGCGAAGCUUAAGGAAGAGUGGAUACGUGGCCUUUUUCCUUUUACAUUCACUUUCGAGCCUUUCCAAAGAAAUUUGGUGUGUCAAUGAAAUCCGCAUAUGCCUUUUGUAUACAUUAAUACAUUAUACCUACAUGCAUACAUUACCGCUGUUCCUUCUAUUUAAAGAGGUUGGAUGUGCCUACUAUAAUAUUCAUUAUAUAGAAUCAAUAUGUCCUCUCGCUACGUAGCACGUCUUGUUGAACACUGCCUAUGAAUAUUCAUAACUAGGGAUUCGUAGAUACAAGGAAGGAGUCAUCUUUACACAGAGAUUUGGUCUAACUCCUUAGUUGCAAUUUGCUCAACAAGGAUGACUAUAUGCAAAUAUAUUCGCCAAAAGAAACGAUACAUUUUAAUGUACGUUUCAUUAUUGUUGACGUUUUUCUUCGCGUGUUAUUAUUUUACUAAUUACGAAAAAUACACCACCCCUUCUGUUACAAGGCUUGCGCAAGGAUCCAACGCAUAUUACAAAGAUCAUCCGAAUGGAGUGGUGCAAGCGCUUGACCAUGGCUGUUACCUCCAGACAUCAAACUUCAGCCAGCACCAGCAUUCUGAAGAACUUCUGGCAGAACGGAACUGUCGAAAGAAGAUGCCGGUUGCGCUGGUAUUGGGGGCUGCUCUGAGUGGAUCUGCAACCCUGAAGAGCGCCCUCUCAUUUCAUCCCAAUGUGACUGUGCCAGAGUUCACAGUUCCUCUCAAUUUCACCGAUAUUGGCCCGUACUUAGCGAAGAUGCCACACUCUCUCCCUCACCAGGUCACUAUAGGGGAAUGUCAAGAAUACCUGUACAUGACGGACCUAUCGAAACAAAUGGUAACGUCUGUCUUUCCUGGCCUUAAGGUCAUCAUUCUUAUACGAGAUCCAGUGGCAAGAGCCAUGUCAGAAUUCUUGGCUUUGAAGUCGAAAAGCAGCUCAAAGGUUUAUCGCCAGAGUAUUUCAAAAUAUUUACAUUUGCCAGUUGGGACAAGUAGGCGCGAUCCCCAUAAAGUGGUAAAAGAAAGAAUGUGGACGGGGAAAAACUCACAGCUGUAUGACACAAGCCCUGACGACAUACACUACAAUUUAGAGGACACCUUCGAAGAAACCGUAUUGGAAUCAGCUAAGAUUGACCCAGUGCAUUUUCUGGUACAGAGGAGUAUUUAUGGGUCAGGCAUUAGGAAAUGGGUCCGAGUUAUUCCACCACAGAACAUGCUGAUAUUAGACGCUGAGAGGUUUGCUCAAAGUCCCGUCGAGACCUUGGAAAUUGUAGAACGUUUCCUUGGACUUAGUCCAUUCUACCGCAAAGACUUCUUCAGCUUUGACCUUUCUAAAGGUGAAUUUUGUUUCAAUUCACCGGUGCGAUCCUGCGUAGAGCCUUUACCGAUGCAGAAGCCAUUACCCGCCCUGUCUGAUGAAAUCGUUACUCUUCUUCGAGAAUUCUUGUUACGCUCGAUAAAAGUUCAAAGCAAAUAUGCCAAUGCUUAUUUUCCACACCUUGGUGAGAAUCCGUUAAUAUAUACCCCAUUUAGAUAACCACGUAGUCUUGCUUUACAUCAACUGAUCAAUGUCUGGUGGCGGUGCCGUGUCCCAGUGGAAAACGCCUGGCUGGACAUUUGAAAGUCCAGGGUUCGAUCCCUGGCCAUGGUCACCCGUGAGCACGGCACUAAUUGUUAUUCUAUUGGGUGCACCUAAAAAAAGAAAAAGAGUGAUGAAGACCUUUAUGUUUUAAUUAUUGUUUAUAUCAGUGGUUUAUUAUUCAAUCGCUUGUCACACAUGUUCAUUGAUCAUCUUAUGAAUCAAUUAACAUAAUUAACAUGUAGAUCUUUAAAAACUCUGUAUCUUUCGCACCUUGUUCGAAUUAUUGCUGUUUCACCCCCCCCCCCCCUUGAAACACAACUCAAAAGUUGUUGCUCUUGGCCUAUUUAUGUUGGUAUGGUAAUUCAUAAAAAAUUGCCACCGAUAAAAAGGAUAAAUGAGUCGAUUGUAUCGGAUUCGCCCGACACUGUAAAACAUAUUGUGCAAAAUUUUAACCAGCACGAGGGUAAUUAUGUAGCAAAAAAAAGCAAGCUUUAUGUGCUCUAGCUCUAGCGGUUGAGUUCCGGAUUCGAUUCCCGGCAGAGACUUUUUUCGGCCUCAUCAAAUUUGUUUUAAAAAAGGAGGAUAGCCCUAAACUGAGCUAUGUCUGCCAUUAUUCUCUAUCCACAUUUAUAUCACAUAUUUUCGAAAAUACUUUCUUUCAUCAAGAAAUUUACCCACAUUGUGCUGCACUCUACCCGGGUGAGGUAAAUGGGUCUCAAAAAGCCGUGAGCACCGGAAUCGGUAGACUAGAUUAGCCGGGAUAUUAUAGGAGCGCCUAUAGAGCAUCUAACAGGGUGUGCAAUAUACCUUGUUUUAUUAUUAUUUAUUUAUUAUUAUUAUUAUUAUCAAGAAGUGUCCGAAGUGAAUGAAAAACUGACCGAAAUCCUAAUCGGACGUACACAUUUUGUUGUUGCUGUUUUUUUUUCCAUUCGAUAUACUCUAAAUGAAACAUCAUGGAAUUGGGUCGGACAGUAUGUUCAUAAUAGCUGAGAUUAAUAGGUGAGGGCAAUUUCGCGAGACUUAUACCAUGAGUCGUCAAGCUUUCAGGCAUUCAUAAGGAUCUGAAUAGUAAUGCAGCUAUGAAGUGCCAGUAAACUUGGGAGAUUGUGGAGAAUAAACUUACCCCAUUUUUAUUUAUUGCAUAUGUAAUAAAAUUAUGAUUAUUAGUCA